AUAGUUAUUUUGUUUUCGCGUAUGAACAAGGCCGUGCCGUGUCUGACGAAUGAGCCCAAUGAGAUCGAAGCCUUUUUGUGGAUGAUCGUCUGGGUUCCAUGGAUGAGCAUCGCAAGCAGCAGGUAUCAUUAAGGGGAUCGAGCGCGAAGGAGAUUACGAGGGAUGCUCUUCUUGAGAAGGUAUCUCAGGAAAGAGAGCUCCGGAGCUAUGCCAGACGAGCGGUCGCAGCUGCUUUCUUUAUUCAGAGAGUCUGGAGGCGCUACAAGGUUACAAAGAUGGCUGCUUUGAAGCUUCAAGAAGAAUGGGAUUCGGUCUUGGCAAAUUAUAAUGCUAGUGGAGUUUCGGCAACAUGGAUCUCAAAUGUUGUGUUGAGACCUUUUCUUUUCUUUAUUGGAGUUUCAACAAUCCGGCACCAGAAGAUUCAAAGUAAAGAAAUAGAUUGUAUGCAAAAAUGCUUUAGAAUUCUAUUGGAAAGCUUGAACUCAACAGAUUCAAAGAAGAAUUUUUGCUCCUUCGCAAUGGGUACCCUUGAAGAGAGAAGAAUAUGGCUUUAUCAAGCACGAAAACUUAUUUCUCUUUCCGUUUUCAUUCUUGGGGAAUUUGAUAAAUGCCAUGUAGUGGGUCAAGAUAUUGUUGUUCUUACCACCUUGGUGAUGCGUCUUGUUGUUUUCCUUACUGAUUCAAAAGCAUGGAAAAGCAUUACUGACAAUAAUAAGCAGGAUGCAGAUAUGGCAGUGAGGAAUUUAGUUUAUUUCAUGGGGAGUUGUAAAAGUGGUAUUUACAAAUAUAUUAGAAGAUACAUUUGCACCUUGGAUGUUUCAUUUUCCUCAAAGAAAAACAAUAUUGUGCAGACAGAUGAUAAACUUUUGAUUACGGCAAGUGCAGUAACUUUAGCAUUACGUCCUUUUCACUUGACAAACUUUGAUGUAAGUGGCCCUGGCAUGUUGGACGUAGAUGAUGUGGCUGUGCAGUACUGUGUGUUUCUGCUUACAAUUCCUUGGCUUGCUCAACGACUGCCAGCUGUUAUUAUACCUGCUCUAAAGCACAAAUGUAUAUUGUUACCAUGCUUCCAGAAUGUACUGAUAUUGAAAGAGAGAAUCUUAACAGAGAUGUCAGAGAUGAAUCAGUCAGAGAUUCAUUUCUCUUUCAAGGUCAUUCCGCCAGUUGGUUGGGCUCUAGCAAACAUUAUAUGCCUAGCAUCAGGAAGUGAGAAUGGUUCUGCAGAUCCUGGCCGGUUUAGUCAAGGUUUAGACUGUGCAUCAUAUGUCCAUGUUGUUAUCACUCUUGCGGAAAACUUACUGGGUUGGAUUGAGAAUGUAGGAUGGAUGAAGGAGACACAUGAUAUCCAAAUUGAUGUCUAUGCGGACCACCCGCAUGGGACUGAAACAACUCAUGGGUUAAAGAUGUCAUAUUUGGAUCUGCUUAGGCCUGUUUGUCAGCAAUGGCAUCUUACAAAUCUUUUGGCCCUUAUGAAAACAUAUUCCUUUACUCACAGCGUUGAGACCAUGCCGCCAAACAAUAUAGAAUACUUUCAGAAGCUUGAAUUGAUUGAUGUUGCAUAUUUUUACUCUUACCUGCUUAGAAUAUUUUCUGUCUUGAAUCCCACGCUUGGUUCAUUGCCCAUUCUUAACAUGCUAUCUUUUACUCCUGGAUUUCUUAUCAAUCUAUGGGGAGCACUGGAAAGUAUCUUUUUUCCUGGAAACAAUUUGGUUACUGAAAGAGACCAUCCUAUUUAUGUUAGUAAGAAUUCAGGAAAAAGAAAGGAUGGGAUUUUGGUGAAAAAGGAAAAAGGAGCCAAUAAGGAUGGUGUUAAUAAGUGGGUCAAUGUACUGAAUAAAGUUACUGGCAAGUCACAAGCAGGCAUUGACUUGGUUGAUAGUCAUCCUAAGCCUAGCCAGGAUGAUAAUGACUCUUGUGAUGUAUGGGAUAUAGAACCUUUAAAGUGUGGUCCACAAGGUUUAUCAAAAGAUAUGACAUGUCUGCUUCACCUUUUCUUUGCCACCUAUUCUCACCUGCUGCUAAUUCUUGAUGACAUUGAGUUCUACGAAAAACAGGUUCCAUUUACACUGGAGCGGCAACGAAGAAUCGCAUCAAUGCUCAAUACGCUAGUUUAUAAUGGCUUGUCUCAUAGUAUUGGUCAGCAGAAUAGACCCCUUAUGGAUUCUGCAAUCAGAUGCUUGCACUUAAUGUACGAAAGGGAUUGCAGGCACCCGUUUUGCCCCCCUGUCUUGUGGCUUUCACCUGCUAGAAAAAGCCGGCCCCCAAUUUCAGUAGCUGCCAGAACUCAUGAAGUAUUGUCAGCUAAUCUAAAAGCAGAUGAUGAUUUGACUAUACCAAGUGUGGAUUCGGUCAUCACCACUACUCCACAUGUAUUUCCUUUUGAAGAAAGAGUUGAAAUGUUUAGAGAGUUCAUUAUGAUGGAUAAAGCCUCCCGAAAAAUGGCUGGUGAGGUUGCUGGACCUGGUUCACGGUCAAUUGAGAUAGUAAUUCGCCGGGGUCAUAUUGUUGAAGACGGAUUUCAGCAGUUAAGUUCUCUUGGUUCAAGGUUGAAGUCAUCCAUCCACGUAUCAUUUCUUAGUGAAUGUGGCCUUCCGGAGGCUGGUCUGGACUACGGUGGAUUAUCUAAGGAGUUUUUAACUGAUAUAUCAAAAGCAGCCUUUGCCCCUGAGUAUGGGUUAUUCUCCCAAACCUCAACUUCAGACAGACUUUUAAUUCCUAAUGCAUCUGCGAGAUAUAUAGAGAAUGGUAUUCAGAUGAUUGAGUUCCUUGGAAGAGUUGUUGGUAAAGCUCUAUAUGAAGGAAUAUUACUAGAUUACUCUUUUUCACAUGUUUUUGUACAAAAGCUGUUGGGCCGAUAUAGCUUUCUUGAUGAAUUGUCAACACUUGAUCCGGAGCUCUACAGGAAUCUCAUGUAUGUGAAGCAUUAUGAUGGUGAUGUCAAGGAAAUCUCCCUAGAUUUUACGGUUACUGAAGAAUCAUUUGGCAAACGGCAUGUUGUUGAGCUUAAACCUGGUGGCAAGGAUGUCUCUGUGACAAAUGAGAACAAGAUGCAGUAUGUUCAUGCAAUUGCAGACUAUAAACUUAAUCGGCAGAUAUUAUCCUUUGCAAAUGCUUUCUAUAGAGGAUUAACUGAUCUUAUAUCACCAUCUUGGUUGAAGUUAUUUAAUGCAAGUGAAUUCAAUCAGUUGCUUUCAGGUGGAAACCAUGAUAUCGACAUUGACGAUUUAAGAAAUAACACACGCUACACUGGUGGUUUUUCUGAGGGGAGCCGAACGAUUAAAAUCUUUUGGGAGGUUAUUAGAGACUUUGAACCUGAGGAACGUUGCAUGCUUCUAAAAUUUGUGACCAGUUGUUCUAGAGCUCCAUUACUUGGGUUCAAACACAUGCAGCCAGCCUUUACUAUCCAUAAGGUUGCAUGCGAUGUCCCUCUUUGGGCCACAAUUGGAGGUCAGGAUGUGGAUAGGCUUCCUUCGGCUUCAACCUGCUACAAUACUCUCAAGCUUCCAACAUACAAACGUUCAAGCACUUUAAGAGCAAAACUUCUCUAUGCAAUCAGCUCUAAUGCAGGAUUUGAACUUUCUUAGUGGUCUGCUUCAGGAAAUGGCGCCUUGGUUCAGUCUUGCAACGCACUGAUGGCGCAGGCAAACACCCCUCGCUCCCAGUCCAUACAGAUUCUGUCAUUCAUAUUGCUACUUGUGUUAAAAUAAUGAUUCGUCUUAGAUUAACUCUGAAGGAUGACUACUGGUUUCUCUUCCCUACUUAUCUUAUUUAAGCUUUUUUUUUUUUUUCCUAAGCAUCUUAUUUAAGCUUUUUUUUUUUUUUUUUAUGUAAAUUCAAGAUUUACUACCUGUAAAUUCAAGAUUUAAAAAUAGUAUUCGUAUGGUAUAGUUGUC